UCAGUGCCCCUUUGCCCCUCUCUCCUGCUCCAUCUCCCAGCCCAGCCUGGCCCCGGCUGCAGGACAACCCCGCUGCCGACGCCGUCCUGCCGGGGAUGCACUGGGGGGAUCUCCUUGGCCUUGCCUCUGGCACGGAGGCAAAUCCCAUCCUGUCCUUGUCCUCCCUCCCCCAGACAAGGAGGCCAGGGAGGACAAAUCUCCUCAGCAGAACCUCGUGGAAGAGGCUGUUUUGAGCGGCUCCAUGGCACAGGAAUGCAACGGGGAGGAAAAGCCGUGGAGAUCCUGCCCGAGGAGGGGCUCCAAACCCAUGCCAGGGUGCUCCGAGGAGGAAGGACCCACCCUGUGCCAGGAAGGCAGCCAGAGAUGUGGCCAGAGGUCUGAGCUGGUGGUGCAUGAACAGCUUCACAAUGGCAAGAAGCUGCACCAGUGCUCGGAAUGUGGGAGGAGUUUCUGUGCAAACCGCAGCCUGCUCCGGCACCAGAAGAUCCACACUGGGGAACGGCGCUGUGAGUGUGGGAAAUGUGGGAAGCGCUUCAGAGACACCUCUGACCUGAUGAUCCACCAGAGAGUCCACACUGGGGAACGGCCCUAUGAGUGUGGGGAGUGUGGGAAGAGCUUCACUACGAGCUCCAGACUGAUUGUCCACCAGAGGAUCCACACUGGGGAACGGCCCUAUGAGUGUGGGGAGUGUGGGAAGAGCUUUGCUGACAGCUCCAGCCUGAUCUCCCACAAGAGGAUCCACACUGGGGAACGGCCCUAUGAGUGUGGGGAGUGUGGGAAGUGCUUCACUAUGAGCUCCAACCUGAUUGUCCACCAGAGGAUCCACACUGGGGAACGGCCCUAUGAGUGUGGGGAAUGUGGGAAGAGCUUCACUAAGAACUCCACUUUAUACAAGCACAGGAGGAUCCACACUGUUGAACGGCCCUAGAAAUGUGGAGAAUGUGGGAAAGGCUUCAUGAAGAGCUCCACCUCAAACACGACCAGAUGCUGUGCACUGGAAUCUGACCCUGUGUGUGUGGGGAGAGCAGGAACAGCUUCUGUGACAGCUCUGGCCUGAUCAUGCAGCAGACAGUGCACACUGGGGAAUGCCCCUACACGUGCUCAGAAUGUGGGAAGAGCUUCAUCCAGCACUCCAAGCUGCUUGUCCACCGGCAGAUGCACAGCGGAGAGAGGCCCUAACAGUGUCCUGAGUGUGGGAAGAGCUUGUCCCAGAGGUGUGGCGUGACCCAUGAGCAAUGGAGGCAGCAGGAAGGGAAGCCCUACAAGUGCCCCGCGUGCGGGAAGAGCUUUGUGCGCUGCUCCAACUCCAUCCCCCAUUGGAGAAGCCCAUUGGAUGAUCCCCAGUGAGCCCCAUUGGGCAGAGCCUUGGGGAUCCACGGUCCUGGUGAUCCAUGGUGGGAAGACAGCUGGCUGGUGGUCUCCACAUCUUCCUGGGCCCCUGGGGGCACCUGGGCGCAGCAGGACAAAAAUCUAUUGGGAUGUAGACCAGCGUCAGGAAUUCAUUAGCGACAGUGAAUUUUUUUACUUUUGACCUCAAGAAAUCCCACAUUUUGCAUCCUAUUGUUUCUUCUCUAAGCAUCAAGGAAUACUGGGAUGUCUUAAGAGUCUUUUCCAACCUAAAUCAUUCCAUGAUUCUAAUUCUUUCUGACCCUUCCACAGGCGU